ACAAAAAAACAGGUCUCUUGCUACAGCAACGCGAGUAGGAGCACCAGGAACCCGGGCUUGGAGCAGGACCGUACGGAUUGUUUUAAGAAAAUGGCAGACAAACCAGACAUGGGAGAAAUCGCCAGCUUCGAUAAGGCCAAGCUGAAGAAAACGGAGACACAGGAGACGAACACCCUGCCGACCAAAGAGACCAUUAAGCAGGAGAAGCGGAGUGAAAUUUCCUAAGAGCCUGGAGGAUUUCCUGCCCCCGUCAUCUUCGAGACCCUAGUCCUGAUGCGGAGGAAGAGCCACCUGCAAGAUGGACACGAGCCACAAGCUGCACUGUGAACCUGGGCACUCCGCGCCAAUGCCACCGGCCUGUGAAGGGACCCCCCCGCCAAUC